AUGGGGUAUCAGAGCAAUUCAAAGAACGAAAUCUUGGCGCUCAACGAUGCGCGCGACUGGUCCCGUGAGGAGAGCGCAUCUAGGAAGGUAUUACCGUCACCAGCAAUUGUGGGUGGUGCAGCUCUAAAAUUUCCUGCAGUCCUCCGUCAUGCAAGCGAUGCACGGGAUCUGAGCCCAGCCAGGUCUCUCGGCCCGGGUGCACCUUCCACCGAGUACAUACCUUUCUACGGGAUCGAUUUCAAGGUUGGCUCGACAGACGCAUUCGAGACAGUCGGAAGGAAAACCCCCAGCACAACGACGUCCAUCCAGGCUGGCAAACAUGACAGCAUCACCGGGGCCAGCAAAUACGACCUUGCAAUCGCACUGCAAUAUGGCUUAGGAACAGGUUCAAAACAGCUGGUGGAGUUUUUGACGGAACAUAUCCAACUCAUCCACAGCCCUCCCUACCGCGACUGGCAAACAAUUCUCAGCGCUGGCAAUACAUCGGCCUUUGAGAUCGUCCUGCGCAUGCUUGGCAACAAGGGCGAGUACUUGCUCGUCGAGAAACAUACCUACACGACGGUUUUUGAGACUGGCCUUCCCCUGGGGUUCAAGUUUGCUCAAGUACGCAUGGACAAAGAUGGGCUUCUCCCUGAAGACCUUGACCAUGUUCUUUCAAAUUGGGACGAAUCCGCUCGUGGGGGUGAGAAGCCCCGUCUGCUGUACACCAUUCCAACAGGUCAAAACCCCACCGGUAUCACGCAGCCCCUAGCUCGUCGCCAGGAAAUUUACCGCGUUGCCCAGAAGCACGAACUUUUCAUUGUUGAAGAUGACCCCUAUUACUUCAUCCAGCUGCCCGAGUUUCGACCUGGUGGGAAUCUUCCAGCUACAACUGCUCCCAUCACCUCGGUGGAGGAGUAUGUCAUCACCCUGGUUCCCAGCUACCUGCGACUUGACACAGAUGGGCGCGUGUUGCGUAUGGACUCUUUCUCAAAAAUUGUUGCGCCAGGAGCCCGCAUGGGCUGGGUGACGGCGUCUAAACAGGUCAUUGAGCGGAUGAUUCGUGCGCAUGAGGUAUCUGUGCAAAAUCCCAGUGGGUUUUCACAAAUUGCCGUGUUCAAGUUGCUAAAUGAUAGUUGGGGCCACUUGGGAUUUGUGAGAUGGUUGGUCCAUCUCCGAGGCGAGUACGCAAAGCGGCGAGACACUCUCCUCGAGGCUUGUGAUGCUUUUCUACCCCGAGAGAUUGUGAGCUGGGUACCACCAACUGCAGGAUUUUUCAAUUGGAUAUCUCUCGAUUGGGCCCAACAUCCCGAAGCUGGGACCAAAACGAAACUGCAAAUUGAGAAGGAAAUCUUUGAUGCGACUAUCGAAAAUGGCGCUCUAGUCGUUCCCGGCAGCUGGUUCUUGCCAGAUGAGGGAAGUAGCGGCAUGGAUGGAGUAUUCUUCCGUAUGACUUACGCAGCCGCUUCUAUGAAUGAUAUGCAAGAAGCUAUCCAGCGUCUUGGGGCUGUACUGCGGUCCACUUUCAAGCUGGGACAUGCGAAUGGGAUGUCGGAGUCGCGGCUAUGA